AUGCCGCUUCAUAGUAGGUGCGCCAUAUAUGUUAAAUGUGAGCUGGCUGCUAAAAGUAUACCAUUUAUCAACCACCAAUCAGAAGAGAAACACAUAGAGGUCUGCGGAAUAACUCUGCAAAUAAAUGGUUUAGAGGAAAAAAUCACGGUAAUAUGUUUGUAUAGAUCACCAUCUGGCGAAGUAUCAACAUUUCUGGGUAACUUAACAAAUAUCCUGGAUAGAAUCGGGACUAUAUGGAGGAUGUUCCAAUAAUUCCACGUUUUCUUCCGUUAAAUACUGCCUUGUUUUUUGGGCUGUGUGCGAGCUUGCAUUGUCUUGGUGGAGGGUGAUUCUUAUUUCGGGGUUGAUUUUUCGAAGCUCGGUGAUGACUUUUGGAAAAUAAAUGGUGGUAUACCAAUCCGCAGUAACAGUUAUUUGC